AUGGCGGUGUAUUAUAAAUUUAAGAGUGCAAGAGAUUAUGAUUCAAUUGCUAUGGACGGUCCUUUCAUCUCAGUUGGUACUUUGAAAGAAAAAAUAUUUGAAUCGAAGCACUUGGGAAGGGGCACUGAUUUUGAUCUUGUGGUCACCAACGCCCAGACUAAUGAAGAAUAUCUUGAUGAAGCAAUGUUGAUCCCAAAGAAUACUUCAGUUUUAAUUCGCCGUGUUCCUGGAAGACCUCGUUUACCCAUUGUUACUAAACAAGAGCCAAAAGUUGAAAGUGAAGUUGAAGAUAUCGAACAAGACAAGUCAACUGUUCCAGUUGCAGAUUCAUCAGCUACCCUGAGAUUUCCUGAUGAUUCUGAGUGGGAUGAGUUUGGUAAUGAUCUUUAUGCAAUUCCUGAAGUGCUUCCAGUUCAGCCAAGCAAUCCUAUUCUAGAUGCACCUCCUACAAAUAAAGCUGAAGAGGACAGCAAGAUUAAGGCUUUAAUUGAUACCCCAGCCUUAGAUUGGCAACAUCAAGGUUCUGAUGGCUUUGGUCCCGGUAGGGGUUUUGGAAGGGGUGCUGGUGGACGAAUGGGAGGACGUGGUUUUGGAUUUGAAAGGAAGACACCUCCACAGGGAUAUGUGUGUCACAGAUGCAAAAUUCCUGGACAUUUUAUUCAACACUGCCCCACAAAUGGAGAUCCAACUUAUGACAUAAGAAGAGUAAAGCCUCCCACUGGGAUUCCAAAGUCUAUGCUGAUGGCCACUCCUGAUGGUUCAUAUGCAUUGCCAAGUGGUGCUGUAGCUGUCUUGAAGCCGAAUGAGGCUGCUUUUGAGAAGGAGAUUGAAGGUCUACCUUCGACACGUUCAGUUGGUGAUUUGCCCCCUGAGCUUCACUGUCCUCUGUGUAAGGAGGUUAUGAAAGAUGCUGUCUUAACAAGCAAGUGUUGCUUUAAGAGCUUUUGUGAUAAAUGUAUUAGGGAUCAUAUUAUCAAUAAGUCGGCAUGUGUUUGUGGAGCAACCAACAUACUUGCAGAUGAUCUCUUGCCAAAUAAGACACUCAGGGAUACAAUCAAUCGCAUUUUGGAGUCUGGUAAUAGUAGUGCCGAUAAUGCUGGUAGUACCUAUCAGGUGCAAGAUAUGGAAUCUGCUCGCGUUGCACAGCCAAAGGUUCCUUCCCCUACCUUAUCUGCUGCUUCAAAGGGAGAAAGAAAUAUACAGUCAAUCAACGAAGAGACUACAAAGACCAAGGAGGUAGAAGAGGAAAAGGCUAUUACCUCUGGACCCCAGACCUUAGAGAAAGUGAAGUCCACAAAACUAGUUGACGAAUCUGAAGCUACACAUGAGUCAAUCAGUGUGAAGGAACAAGCUUCACAAGGGAGUGCUUUAAUAGUUGACGAAGAAGUGCAGCAGAAGAUGGCUGCUGCUAGUGAGGCAGUAAAGAAAAAGAAGAAGAAGAAAGUUCGCAUGCCUGCAAAUGACUUUCAAUGGAAAACUUCUCAAGAUCUUGUAGCAGAGAACUAUAUGAUGCCCAUGGGUGGCCCGACGCCAUAUAAUCCAUAUUGGUCAGGCAUGCAACCUGGUUUUGAUGGAUACAUGCCUUCAUAUGCUGCGGCUCCAAUGCCAUAUAUGGGUGGUUAUGGGCUAGGUCCCUUGGACAUGCCCUUUGGACCUGUCAUACCUCAGGAUCCAUUUGCUAUGCAAAGUUAUGCGUUUCCUGUUGCCCCGCCUCAGAGGGAUCUUGCAGACUUUGGCAUGGGUAUGAAUAUUGCACCUCCUGCAAUGACCCGUGAGGAAUUUGAGGCUCGGAAAGCUGGUUUGAAUUUGAGGAGGAAGCAUGAAAAUGAAAGACGAAUUGAAAGCAGGGAGCGGGAGCCACUGAAAGAUCGGGAGUUUGGAAGGGAAGUGUCCAGCAGUGGGGAUGGCCCUUCAAUGAAACAAAAAUCUAAGUUUGCACCCCAAACUUCAGCUAGUGAGCACAACCCGAACCGUCGCCGACCUGAGAGCUCACCUGAUGUUGCAAGGAAUGUUGGACCACCUUGUCCCCCGCCCCCACGCAAAAGGAAGUCUGACCACCACGAUCAUGAUAUCGACAAGGACAACCAUAAUGAUCAUUAUGACCAUGCACACCAUCGUCAUCGUCAACAUUCAGAGUCCCGGGGAGCCUCUGAAGUCUCGGCUAAAUCUGCUGCCAGUGCAGCUGCAGACCGUAAGCAAAAGAUGAGUGUGUUUUCUCGCAUUAGCUUUCCGGAGGAAGAGACGACGAAGAAACGGAAAUUGAACUCUUCAAAGGAAGCACCACCAAGCGACUCUGGUGCUUCAGCAACACAUCACAAGGCAUCAUCCAACGGAUACUACGAUGACUACAAGGCAAAGGCAGUCUCAACAAUGGUGACAAGCAGUCGUGGGAGGAGUAGGGCCACUUCUGUUGAUUGUGAGUCAAGCGACGACGAUAGGCAUUUCAAGAGAAAGCCAUCUAGGUAUGAGCCAUCCCCGCCUCCACCAUCAGACUGGGAUCAGGAGGAAUCAAGACAUCCCAGAGGCUCAACAAGAGAACGUGAGCGGGAGCGUGACCGUAGUAGCUACAGCAAACACAGAUAGUAGUUUGAGGUGAUUACGAAGAAUCAAGGCACCCUGAGAAUGCAGCAGCCUCUGCAAAUGUAGGGUAGUCCCAUGGAGACGUGCCUUGCCACAGGUUCAAAGAACCGUGCUCCGCUCCGCUUCCCGUCAGUUGACUGACGGUACGAGAUCAAUGAAUGCUGUUGAAAGCUCCAAAUUGAUUUCUGUGUACUGGGUUUAAGUGGAAGUACAAGCAUAUGUAUUUGAAUGAGAUGCCAAUGUCUUUGCAUCCGAUGCGGAUGAGUACUGUAAUUGGGGCCUGUACUGUUCGAGCUUCUUCUUCUGUAUUUGCUUUUCAUAAAUUUAAUAAUAUACGAAUGAAAAAUUAUCAUUCUCUAUUUCUUUUUAACAA